UACACGUAUGUAGAUCCACAGUACACUGACCGCGCUGGGCGGGGAGGGCUGAAGACGGAGAACUACAGCUGCACCACCUGAUUACUCCUGAACUCCGACUCCUGUGCCACACUUUCAAGCGCCGUUUCUCUCUGGAAAACAGAACUAUUCGGCCAUUUUCACACGACCCCGGUUCCUUCUCUCUGUAAAGUGUGUUUUCUUUCCUCGAUCUAGCAUCGAGUGUAGCCGGGACUGUCCGUAACAGGCGGAACCGAGUGGGAUCAUGGCCUUCCUAGGGAGCGCAUUGCGACGGGUGGCGUUGGCAGUACGGCCUUCUCUCUCUCCUUUGUGCCGGACAAGUACUCGGUCCUACAGCUCAGAGCCCACCAAGGAAAAAAGUGUUCCCUAUGAGAAGACGCUCAAACAGGAGGACGGAUCAUCCUCAGGACCCACUAAACCUUUGCCCAGGUCAGCGGAUGUGGUAGUGAUUGGAGGAGGCAGUCUGGGCUGUCAGACCAUCUACCACCUGGCUAAAAUGGGUGUGACCAACGUAGUUCUGCUGGAGAGAGACAGACUGACUGCUGGCACCACCUGGCACACUGCAGGCCUGCUGUGGCAGCUCCGUCCCAGUGAUGUUGAGGUGGAGCUAUUGGCCCACACUAGGAAUGUGAUUAGCAAAGACUUGGAAGAGGAAACUGGUCUCCACACAGGUUGGAUCCAGAAUGGAGGACUCUUCAUUGCCUCCAACAAGCAGAGACUGGAUGAGUACAAGCGCCUCAUGUCGCUGGGUAAAGUUUACGGCAUCGAGUCCCACGUGCUGUCACCUGCUGAGACCAAGGACCUGUAUCCUCUGAUGAACGUUGAUGAUCUGUAUGGAACGUUGUAUGUACCAAAAGAUGGCACCAUGGACCCAGCAGGCACCUGUACCACCCUGUCCAGAGCUGCUACCGCCAGGGGAGCCACGGUGAUCGAGAACUGCCCUGUGACUGGUAUUAAAGUGCGGACAGAUGACCUCGGGGUGAAGAGGGUGAAGGCAGUGGAGACCCCUCAUGGGACCAUUGAGACGCCUUGUGUGGUGAACUGUGCUGGUGUGUGGGCCACCAAGCUGGGAGAAAUGGCUGGAGUCAAGGUGCCUCUCAUAGCGAUGCAUCAUGCCUAUGUAGUGACAGAGAGGAUUGAAGGCAUACAGAACAUGCCAAAUGUCAGGGACCACGAUGCGUCAGUGUACCUGCGUCUCCAAGGCGACGCCCUGUCUGUGGGUGGGUAUGAACAGAACCCCAUCUUCUGGGAUGAGGUAUCUGAUAAGUUUGCCUUCAGUUUGUUUGACCUGGACUGGGAUGUAUUCAUGCAGCAUAUUGAGGGUGCAAUCAACAGAGUCCCUGAUCUGGAGAAGACUGGCAUCAAGUCCACUGUCUGUGGACCAGAAUCAUUCACAGCAGACCAUAAGCCACUGAUGGGAGAAGCGCCAGAGGUCAGAGGCUUCUUUUUGGGAUGUGGCUUCAACAGUGCUGGUAUGAUGCUGGGAGGUGGUUGUGGUAGAGAGCUGGCUCACUGGAUCAUACACGGCCGCCCUGAAAAGGAUAUGUAUGGUUAUGACAUCAGGCGUUUCCAUAACUCGCUGACAGACAACAAACGCUGGAUCAGAGAGAGGAGCCACGAGUCGUACGCUAAAAACUACUCUGUGGUGUUCCCCUUUGAUGAGCCGCUGGCCAGCCGAAACAUGAGGAAGGACCCUUUCCAUCAGGUGCUGACGGAGCAGGGCUGUGUGUUCCAGGAGAGACAUGGUUGGGAGAGACCUGGCUGGUUCAACAAAGACGGGCCUGCGCCUGUUAAAGACUACGAUUACUAUGGAGCUUAUGACAUUAAGAAGAACGUAAACUACAAAUACAACGAAUUGCUGGGGAAAGAGUACACCUUUGACUUCCCUCCACAUCAUGACGUGAUUAAGAACGAGUGCCUCUCAUGUAGACACGGUGUGGCCGUGUUUGACAUGUCCUACUUUGGAAAGUUCUAUCUUACUGGACCUGAUGCCAAGAAGGCGGCUGAUUGGCUGUUCACUGCUGAUGUCAACAAGAAGCCAGGCUCCACUGUGUAUACCUGCAUGUUGAAUAAAAGAGGAGGGGCGGAGGCUGACCUGACAGUGAGCAGACUGGAGCCUGGUGCUGCCAACCUGCCCCUGGCACCAGAAUCCAACGGUGAUGCAUACUACCUGGCCAUUGGAGGAGGUGUAGCAGAACACAACUGGAACCACAUUAGAACAGUUCUUCAGGACCAAGGUUUCCGCUGCCAGCUGACAGACCACUCUGAAGACAUGGGGAUGAUCAGCAUCCAGGGGCCGAAGAGUCGAGAGGUUCUUCAGGAGGUGUUGGACACAGACCUGAGCAAUGAAGGUUUCCCUUUCUCUACCCACAAAGUUGUGAAUGCAGCAGGACAUCAGGUGCGAGCUAUGCGUCUGUCAUUUGUCGGAGAGCUCGGCUGGGAGCUGCACAUUCCCAAAGAUUCUUGCCUUCCUGUCUACCAUGCUGUCAUGGCUGCUGGUGCAAAGCACAGCAUCAUCAACUCAGGCUACAGGGCCAUCGACUCGCUCAGCAUAGAGAAAGGGUAUAGACAUUGGCAUGCUGACCUUCGCCCAGAUGACACACCCUUGGAGGCGGGGCUAGCCUUCACCUGUAAACUGAAGAGUCCCAUUCCGUUCCAGGGUCGUGAUAGACUGGAGAAACAGAAGGACGAGGGCCUGAGGAGGCGCAUCGUCUGCUUCACCACUGAUGAAAAAGUACCGAUGUUCGGUCUGGAGGCCAUCUUCCGUAAUGGAGUUCCUGUUGGUCACCUACGUCGUGCGGACUAUGGCUUCUAUAUCGACAAAACUAUUGGUUAUGGAUAUAUCCGCAACCCAGAUGGAGGAGUGAUAAAUCUGGAUCCUAACUGGGUCGAGCUUUGGUCUCAGAAUAUGAUGCAUGUGAGUGCUGAUUUCAUAAAGAGCGGUGAGUUUACGCUGGAGAGGAUGGGAGUGACGUACAAGGCCAAGGCCCACCUCAAAUCUCCAUUUGACCCUGAGAAUAAACGAGUCAAGGGCAUCUAUGCUUGAGAAGGACCACAAAUGUAAAACCUAAAGCAAACACACUCUGGUUGGAGAAGGAGGCUGAGAGAGGUGCAACAGAUUUUUCUUUUACAUGCAGGUGCAACUGUUUUAGCACUAGUCAACACAUACAUUGGUAUUUUUUCUGUGUAUUUUAGCGUCCACAUGCAAACUGUGUUUUUUAGGUCACUGAAAAUGGAUCUUUUACAAAACGCCUUCCAGAGUGAGGAUAACCAGUAAUAACUUUUUGUCAGGUUUCUCAUUGGCCAACAGGGCUUGACAGUGUUUUCAUGUGGAUGGAGGUCUUAAAGAAGGAAUGACUAGGGAUUAAAGAAGGAUUAAAGAAGGAAAAUACGUGUACGUGUAGACUAAGCCUUGUUUUUUUACCUCUGACUACUAUGAAAACGAUUCACUUUAUUCAGAAAAAUGCAUCAAGAUGUUAAAGUGGUGUUGAAUUGAGUCUGUUAUGAUUGUUAUGUUGUUGAGGGUGCUUCAGGUUCUAAGUCCACAUUUUUAUACCCACUCUGGAUUUCAGAGUAACAGUGUUCUCUUGUGGUCAAGAGGUAAAUCAAUGAGGAGCUAGGAACUAGCAUAGCAGUCAAUCUGAUUAAUUACUAUGAUUAUAGGUGUGAUAGUAAUACUUUAUAAGAAGCACAGACAGUUGUUGCCUUUGUAACUAAAGCACUAUUAAUAUGGCUAAAAGAAACAAUAACAGAUCCGUGUCUGUGUGUGAGAAAGCACAUUUCUGCCAGUUGGAUAAAAAAAAGAUCCCGUGCAUCAUUAUAAUGAGAAACCUUCUCAAAAUGAGUUAGCAUCUGAAAAUAUUAGCUUAAUGUCUCAGAAAAAUGAGAAACUUUCUCAAACUAAUGGAUUUAGUAUCUUUAAAUUAUGACUUAGUAGCACUAAGUCAUUGUUUUUAGGCAGGUUCUCAUUAUAAUGACUCACAGGAUCUCUUGUGUUUUUCAUCACGGAGGAAAUGGGCUUCCGUGUGUGUGUGUGUGUGUCCGUCCGUCCGUCCGUCUGUCUCUAUCUGUGUGAGUGUGUUUUCACUCAGAGUAAAUAACAUAAAUUCUCAGUAAGUGACCAGAGCCUUUGUAUACUUUAUUAGACCUUUAUUAGAAACAGGCUGUUAAUCCUAAUUUUGUCCUUAAAUUUAUUUUUU